UGGAACUGAAGUGGGCUGUGACUUACGGGCUGGGAUAACUUGUCGCUGCGCUCUUCCUUCUGGUCUCUCAUGCGCUCAGUCGGGUGGAGGCAGUAUUUCAGUUUCUGUGUGUGUCCUGCGGAUGAUUUAGAAAAUCAUAUUUUUGUAGUUUAUCGAGUUACAUAUCGAAAUACGAAAGUAGUAAAUUAGACAGUCGAAAUGACGACGACAAAAACCUUUCAAGGGAUGGAUCCCGGUGCGAAAAGCAGUUCCAGGGUGCUGCGGCCGCCGGGCGGGGCCUCCAACAUAUCGUUUGGCACAGACGAAGCCCCUCCUGUACGCAAGAACAAAAUGGGCUCCAACAUUUUCCUAGAGCCUGAUGAUCCCCACGCCCAUCGGAGGAGCAACCCACCCGGCGGGACGGCCAAGGGUACUCUGUGCGGAGAACCGUCUGCUCCCCUUAGACGGUGCCAGCAGCCGCUCCUCUUCCCCAAAAACAAUGAGACAGACGAGGUCAUCACCUCCAUCAAUGUUCCUUUAGGGGUUGAGGAGUGCCAGCAGGCAAACAAUGUAGACUGCUCCGAUGAACCUGAAGAGAAGGAGCAGAAGGAGGAGGCACCACAGCCCUCUGCCCCCUCGGGAGCUGCCGCCAACGCAGCCGCCCCCUCCGGCCGAAGAAACCCCCCAGGGGGCAUGUCCAGCCUCAUCCUGGGUUGAGGUCUGGUGUCGUUGGAACGUUUUUAUUUUUGAAAGAAUUUCCCCCUUCCCCACCUCAGUCCCACUGUUCUUCCCCACUGUCUUAUACAAUCCACCACGUCCCCUCUGAACCAUGGAAUUUGCCCCCCUUCCUGCCAACCCCCUCAUGUUUUUACACUUUUUUUUUCUAUUAAAAGAGAACCGUUGACAGAAGCACUUUAUGUAUCUUUUUUCCCCUCUCCCCUCAUUUCAGUCCAUCCUGUAGUGUGCCUAUAUUGCGCCUGCUGGAAAAGGCAUGAUGUUUUAGCUUGUCUCAUUCUCCCCCUGUUGUAAAUGGUAAAGAAAAGUAUUCAAAAAAAGAUUUGAUGCGUGAAUUUCUAAAUACAAUAAAGAUUGAUAUGAAUUUGUUUUCA